AAAAAAAUUCAAUUCCGUUCGCAGCUCAGCGAAAAGUGAACUAAAAAGAAGCAGUAAAGAAAUUUGAACACCAGUCUGCAAGUUUGCAGAGAAACAAAAAGCAAAGAAUCAACCAAGAACGCAGUUAGUUUUGCAACCUUAAAUCGCCAUUAUGUCCGAGGCCCACUUUGAUGAGUACGAGCACUACAACUUCGACCAUGACAAGCACAUCUUCUCUGGACACAGCGGCAAGCAGCGCAACAAGAGGGAGGCCAAUGAGCACACCAACCACUUCGAUCCCUCCGGUCAUUCCCGCAAGAUUCUGACCAAGCUGAUGAACACCAACAACAACAACAAGAAGGCCGCCGCCUGCAAGAACUGAUGCAGGGCAUCGACGGGGGCGGUAGAACAGGAGAGGAAGAAGUAACGGGGCGCGCUGAAAGGAGAAAGAAAUCUUCGAAUUUAAAAGGAAAGCAAAGGAGAGAA